AUGACCAAGAAGGCUAUGGUCAAUACCGUGAUGGGAAUGGUUGCCGAAGAUCAGCUCCAUUCUAUCCCUGCGCGAUGGCUUGUUAUUCCUGUGACGGUUUCUGAGGACACUUUUGUCUCUGUCAGUGGAUUAGAUUCGUUGCACAUGUCGGCGGCUGGUUGUUUCUGCGUCACGGUUUAUUGA